AUGGAGGGUACUACAAUUGAUAAUAACAAUAAUGUAGUAUCGUCUACUCCCUCCUCUUCCUCCUCUAAAACUAUCACUCGAUCAAAGAUUAAAAGACAGAUUGAUGAAGAUGAAGAGAUUGAUAUUAUGAAUGACAGCGAUGAUGGAGAUGACUCUGCACCAUCAACAACUACUGCGAGCAGUAAUAAUAAUAUCAAUAGUGCCAAUACAUCACCAGCGAUUGCACCAAUAUCACCCUUUUCCCCUCCACCUACACUCGCAGCGACUAUAGUUACACCACCCAACCCAAUGCCGAUACACAAACCAUUGUCACUACGAAAGAGUGCUAGUACUUCACCAAAACUAAAAUCUCAGACAUCGACAACAAAGAAAUCAAACGCUGAACCAGCGAAUGCCACUACCACCACGGCUGUUGUUGUUGUUGUUGCUGCUGCUGCCGAUACUAAAAAGACAUCUACAAACAAGAAAAGGAAAUCAAAUAGUGGAGAACAAGAUGAUGAAUCAAGUAACAAUAUUAAUGUAAAUAAUAAGGAAAAGGAAAAGGAAAAGGAUAAUAAGGACAAUAAGGAUAGUAGUAGUAAAUCAACAAAGAAACAAAAGUCAUCAUCAAAGUCAAAGUCAAAAUCAAAGUCAAAGAGUAGUAGUAGCAACAAUACCAAUACUAGUAAUAAUAUUAGUAGUACAACAGCAACCGAUGAAGAUGAAGAGGUAAUGGUAAAUACAAUGGAUGGUGAUCAUCUCAUUUCUCUCAAUUCCUCUUUAAAUGGUAUGGUUGGUAUGAUGGAUCUGUCACUAUCGACAGCAUCACUACGAACGAGUAAUACUGGUAUUAAAAUGAAUAGUGUACUAUCACAAUCAUUGGCCGAACAUUUAUUACCAAAGUCAGACUCAACGAUGAGUUUGUUACUCUCACCUUCUUUACCCACUUCAAUUGUCAACAUGUCAACGCCAUCACCAUCAAAGAAAUCACAGUCACUAUUGUCUUCAUCAUCAUCAUCGAUACACAACAAAAAGAAGUCAUCAUCGAGGUCAUCCUUGUCACACAGUGAAAAUGGACAUAACAACAACAACAGCAGCAGCAGUAGCAGCAGUAAACAAAUAGUACCAAACGUAAAAAGUAUGACAGUGACAAGAAAUAGUACAAAGAGCGCAUUACAACACUACCAACAACAGAAACAUCAUCGUUCCAACCACCAAUCAGACAAUGAGUCUGAUGAAGAGAUCAAUGUUACAUCAGACGAUAGUUCAGCAGAGGAAAACGCCGCUGUAAACCUCGAUGACUAUGACCAAGAUGAGGAUUUAUCAAUUGAAUCUUUUGAUUCGAUAUCUGAUAAUAACAUGUCUGACGAUGAUUCUGAUCUCUAUGAAUUUGAAGAUCAAAUCAAUACAAUGUUACCAACACCAAAUAAUUUAACCAACAACAACAACAACAACAACAAAAAUCAUAAUCAUAAUCAUAUAUCAGCAACAGUACCAACCAUCAAAAGUAAUGCAGCAUUGGCAAUUUAUAAUCAUCACCAUCACAACAAUCAAAUGAAAUCACAACAACAAUUAAACAACACUUCAAAUACACCAUUAUCAUCCUCUUCGUUGACAAACAACAAUAAUAAUAGUUUAUUGGGAGGAGCAACAUUUUCUAUAGAUCAACAUAUCCAUUCAACAAUGCCAUUUAUGGCACCCUUUUCACCGAUGAACUUUCCAUUGGUAUCACCAAUGUCUCCAGGUGUACUUGAUAUGGGUCCAUUGUCACCAGUUUGUCCAUUGUCACCAUUGUCACCUCUGUCUCCUUUCAUGUCACCAACAUCACCAUCCUUUUGCAAAGGAGGGUCAAAUGAAUCAAUGGAUCAUGUUGUCAGUAGCAAUAAUAAUAAUAAUAAUAAUAAUAGUAAUAAUAAUUACAGCAGCCUCUCCAUCAAUGGUCAAUCUCUUCAUACAAGUAGUGGUAGUGUACGUGGUCCCAAUAGUAUAUUUAAUACAGGUUCUACAUUUAUAAAGAAAGAGGAAAAGGAAAAGGAGAAGGAAAAAGAAAAGGAAAAGGAAAAAGAGAAGGAACCCGUUGCAGCAAUGACGACUGUAAAAUCGAUGCCAACCAUAGCACCAAUACCAGCAGCAAUUGCAUCAUCGGCGUCUAUAUUGUCAGCGCCAAAAACAGAGGAUACAUCAUCAUCAUCAUCAUCUGCACCCAAUACUCCCAAGGCAUUGUUACCUGGUUCAACGAUUGCACAACCCUACCAAUCUGUUCAGAAUCAACAUCUUCUUUCAGCUUCCUCUUCAAAGCGAUCAAAACGUUUUACAAUGGAUCCAAAUGUACAAAAGCACUUCCAACUCACAGUUUGGUACGAAGAGGAAAAGCUAUUGUUUCGUGAACUAUUUUGUGCGUAUGGUAGAGAAUUUCAUAUCAUUUCAAUCUUGAUGUGUGGCACCAAAUCUCCUACACAAAUUAAAAACUUUUACUACGAUGUCAGAUUGUCAUUGUUGGCGCCAUUGUUUGGUUUAUCGGCCGAUGAAACCAAAUCUCGUAUAACACUUCCAAAUAGCGCCGUUUUAACUCCUUCCUCCUCAACCCCUUCCUAUCCAUCAUUAUCAACUCCUGCAAUGAUGAUAGAAAAUAGUAUUAAUAAUAACAACAAUAAUAAUAAUAGUAGUAGUAAUAAUAACACUGCUGCUGCUGCUGCUGCUGCUGCUACUAAUAGUACUGAAAAUAAUAAUAAUAAUAGUAGUACUAACGAAAAUAAUAAUGAAAAUGAUAAUAGUAAUAAUAAUAACAAUAACGAAAAUGAAGAUGAUGAUAGUAAUAGUACAACUACAACUACUACAACUACGACAACAACGAUAGGAUCAAAUACAACUACGACGACAACGACAACAACCACAACUACUACAUCACCACCAUCACCUACAUUAGGAUCAAGCAACGGAAGUGUUCCAUUGCCAACACAUCCUUAUUCCCUACUUUCAAACAUUACGACUACAACCAACAUUAAUAACAAAAGAUUAACCAUUUCAAACCAAGAUGAUGAUUCAAGAUCAAAAAAGAAAUCAAGAACUACUAAAAGAACAUUUAGAUUUUCAAGAGUUACAACAGCAGUAACCAAAACACCAAAGAAUACAGUAAAGAUUAGUAAGCUAAAAUCUUUGGAAUUAAUCAAUCAACAACACGUUCAACGUUUCCCAAUUGGAAGCGCAGCUUUUUAUUUCUAUCAACACUCUGAACUAUUGCCAGUUGGAAAAUGGUUUGAAGUCAAGGUUUUGGAAGUUGGAGAUGCAAGUACGCCUAAAAAUCCAUCAAACAAUACUCUUCCAGUUGAGAUUCGUCUCGCCAACCCCAAAUCACCCAUUUGCUACAAGGUGGUCAUGUUUAACAUGAACAAAACCAAAGGCUUUUGGGUAUACGACGAAGAACUCAAACACGAGAUUGAGGUUGGCAUCGAGAUUUGGGAAUUCAGUGCUGACCCUGUCGUUGUAGCAGAAGAGUCUGCUGCUUCUCUAACACAUAGUCCAUCUGCAAGUGGUGGUGCCAUCGAGGGCACAAUCAUGACACCAGGUAGUACUGCCCUUGGUACUGUCUCUCAGUCUCUCUAUCAGGCACAGAUACAAUCUCUCAUGCCUCCUCCAUCUAUGAGUACAGACUCUGUUGGUAAAAUGGUAGAGACCCUGAUCCCAACCACCGAUCGUAUCAAACUUCAACAAUGGCUUGAUGCAAAGUUGGAAUCAAUGACCCCCAAUCCAAGUAUCAAACUACCGUUGCUCGAAAAGGGUGAGCCUGGAUCACAAACCCGUGAAAUUUGGGAGGUACCAGCCUUUUCUUCCGACUUUCUCAACAGUGGCUCUAUUACAUUGGUUGCCAAACAAAGAUGUUUUAUCGAAUGUGUUUCAUCCAAUUUUGAGGAAAAGGAAUUCAUCACUAUCAAUUAUAGUUCACUUUUUGGAAGUUACCAAUACAUAUCUGAUAUUAACAACUCGGAAUAUAUCACUCAAUUGUUUGAUAAUGUUUUAAAGGCUGCAGAUAUUUCCAUUUCAAAUAUUUUGGGAUUCCCAAAACAAAAACAACUUGUAUUGGCUAAUUCCCCAAUCCCAACAACUCCUGCUGCUGUUGCUGUCGUAGCCACCACCUCUUCUAGUACCCCAACAACCACAAAGUCACAACCAACCACUCCAACCCCUGCAACUACAACGACAAACACCAAUACCCCAUCACCUGUAAACAUCACACCAACAACAACAACACCAACUGUAAACACCUCAUCAUCAUCAUCAUCAUCAACUACAACACCCAAUACAUCUCCAACAAAGGCACCAGUUCCUACUACUGUACCAGUUGCUGCUUCUUCUAAACCCGUUCCAUCAUUGUCAAAAGCACCAGCUACACCAACUGCUGCUGCUACCACCUCGGUUGACACCAGCUACCAUCCCCCAAAGCCUAUGUCUGCCCCUCAAUUCCAAAUUGUCAAUGGUCAAAAGAUAUACACUUGUGCUUGUUGUAUUUCUAAAAACCCUCCAAUGGUUAAACCUGCUGCAUCAGUCCCCUCUGGAACUUCAAAACCUGCUGCUGGGACUACAACAGGUACAGCAGCACCAACAACUGGAACUACAGCUGUAACGCCAACUGGUACCUAUAAAUCAUCAACAAUCCCACCAUCAAACAGUCCCUCGAAACUUCCGCAACCAACAACAUCGACUUUAAAGCAACCUGCGACUCCCGUAACAACACCACUGUCAUCAACCAAACCAACAACUGUACUCCCCACCACUGCUACUAAACAGACAACAACUGGAACUCCCACCACACCUACUGCUACUGUAAUACAAACUACAGCAGCUACUCCAACUACCCAACAAACCAACUCUACCUCCAAUCCCAUACUACCUGUACAACCAACAACAACAACAACAAUAGCAACCACACCAUCACCUACUACUAUAGUAGCAACAACACCAACUACCACGACCACCAUCAAAGCAGUUCCUGUACAACCUCCAAUGAACCAAUUAUCAUCGUCCUCUAGCUCCAACUUUAUCCUACUUUUUAAUCCAGACAAGAGUCCUAUUCCCUACAAACUAUUUAUUGGUAAAAGAGAGUUAUUUUUGGAAUGUCGACGUUUACUAAGAUUACAAUGUUCCAGAAUUAGUGAAUUAAAUAAGCAAAUAUAUUGA